AUGACACUAAGUCGAGGGAUUUCAUUUGUCAUCAACUUCAACUUAGACUUCAACACUUCGACCAUCACUCCGUUCCGCACUCAGCGGUGGCCCAAGCACAUUUGCAAGUUCCGCAACAUGUCGGACACCAACAAGGCCGUCGCAGCGGCGUAUGCGCUUGAUGUGGGAGCCUUAGGCUCUAUGGAGCUGCCUCGCGAGCUCCAAGAGCUCCCCUUCCAUCCACUACGCGCAGCAGCCCAAGGACCCCGGGCUCCAGAGAGGCCCAUCGCCGUCGACAUGGGCACCGGCAACGCCCCGCGCAUCAUCGACGGGUGGCAGUCCGCCCUGUUGCUGGAAUUUCAGGUGCGGUGUGUUAAUUUGCGUGGAGCUUACAUGUAUGUUUGUGUGUUUUGA